AUGAAAGGCUGGAGUUGCUUACUUAUCGUUUCUUCUCUUGUGUUUAGAACUUUGAGUGAAAGGCAAAGAAAGCCUUUGAACAAGUUCAUUCGUCAUUACGAACCGCUAAACUAUGCCGAAACUGAUAUAAGAGAAGCAUUUAAAAACGGACUAAACACAAAGUUCUUGGAUUUUAAAGCCCACGGAAGGGAAUUCAAACUGCGUUUAGAGCCAGACAGCGACACAUUUCACCCAGGUUUGUACACCAACAAACGAGUGAACGACCAAGUCAAAGACCACGUAAAUUCUGCUUUGGCUGGCUAUCUCGAAGGUGAACCAGACUCCGAAGCUUUCGGUUCGAUACGUAAUGGAAUCUUUGAAGGGACGAUAUUCGCGAAGGAUGAUGAGGACGAGAGCGUUAGACGAAAGAGAAAUAUAUUUUCCGAUAUUAAGUAUCGCUCGAAAAGACGUCGCAGGGAGACGAACGAAUUCGACGAGCCAGAUGAUUUUAACUUGUACGAUCAAAAAGUCAUAAAUGAUCAAAGAUUGAAGGUUUGUAACAUUUCGAUGGAGGCAGACUACUUGUUCACAGAAGCUUGGGGCAACGACACUGGUAGAGCGAUUGGUGAAAUGGUCUAUCUGGUUCGGUUGGCAAAUCGAAAGUUUGCCGAAAUGGCUAAUGAUCAGUAUUGGGUGGAAAAUGCCCCAUUUAAUGUACGGCUAAUGAUUGGUUUCAUCACUGCAUACACCUAUGACACAACUCCCAAAGAAUUAAGACCACCAAGCAUGGGCCUUGCAACUUUCCUUGAUUUCGUGUCAGACCGCAAUUAUGAAGAAUAUUGCCAGGCGUUUUUCCUUACAUAUCGAGAUUUCGAGGGUGGAUUAACAGGAUUAUCCUGGGGCCCAUCUGACGGCAGAAACCAGAGUGAUGAUCAAGGAGGAAUUUGCGAAUACAGACGCUACUUUAUUCUCAACUAUGAAAAUUUCAAUGUUCGGAAGUUGAAAAGUUACAACUCCGCCGUGAUCUCGUAUAAGUUUUUCGGCAAAAUGGCGCCUCCUAAAGUUGCAGAAUUAGCUUUCCUACGGCAAGUUGGCAGAGCUUUUGGUGCUCCUUACGAUCCACCCGAGUGUCAGCCGAGCCCAUUCAAUGGUGGCACAUACAUAAUGUCUAAUUCGGCUUCGAUUGGGCCGUAAAACAACGACAAAUUCUCACCGUGUAGCAUCCGUGCGAUCGUUGCAACCCUCAAGUCCAGCAAAGUUGACCGUCCCGUUAGAGCAGAUGCGAAUGAAUUCUUCGAGCUUAAAUGCUUGGAAACGCCCAAGAAGAUCACCGAUCGACGUCCAAGAUGCGGUGAUACCGUACGUCAGAACCAGGAGCAGUGUGACUGCGGAACGCCCGAGCAAUGCAAACUAAACGACCCGGGGGAAUGCUGCGAUCCCUCGACAUGUAAACUCAAAGCAGGCUCCUAUUGUAGCGUGAACGACGGUCCCUGUUGCGACCCAAAGACUUGCAGUCACAGGAGUUCGAAUUAUUUAUGUCGUCCUGGUGACGAAUGUGCGCAUCCGUCGCGUUGUCGUAACUUGCGUGGAUUUGACAACUACCAGUGUCCAGGUCGUGGAAAGAAAUGGGACUUCAAGCCCUGCGCCACCCAGUCCCAAGUAUGCAUAGACGGAAUAUGUUCGAAUUCGGUUUGUCGGCGUUAUGGCCUUACCGAAUGUCAAUGCUCAAGUAAAAAAUAUGAGUGUUACGUCUGCUGUAACUUCCUCGGUAGAUGUGUUCCAGCAUUAAAUAUUCCCCAGGUAACAGGAUUUCGAAAGCCGACACUGCCAACGGGAGCACCAUGCCUUAACGACACAGGAUUCUGCGAUUUAUUCCACGUUUGUCUGCGGGUUGAUUAUCGCAAGCCACUCUCAGAUAUCGGUGAUUUGUACUUCAAACGAGAAGAUGUGAAAACAAUCACGAGAAAGUAUUGGUGGGCAAUUAUGCUUGGAGCCAUGUUGUGGGUCGUUUUUAUCGUUCUCUUGAUCUUCUGCUUGAGGAAAGUUACUCCCACCAGCAUUCCGCAGCGCGAUCGACGUGGCGACAUGCCAUUGAUCGAUAGAAAUGGUAAUUGAUCAUAACCGCUAUGGUUUAUCACAAUCUCAAACAUCUGUAACCUUUAGUAGUUAGUGUUUACUGUAUGCUAUAUAUUUACCGUGCUAUUUUUCAUACUGAAGACGUUCGUAGUUUUGAAUUUCUGACAAUUCCUGCGCGAAUACGAUGGGAAAUUCUUUUCUAUGUAUCCAACAAAUUAGUUAUUUGGAAAAUUGUUUACAUUGUAUACUACAUCGUUUAUGCACUGGUUUUGCACACUUCCGCGUUAUGCAAGAAACUUAUUUUCUUCAUUGAACUAUAUAUGUAACGGAAACGCUACUUUUAUAUAAACAUGCCUCUAGUUGCACGAAACAAAAUUUUACCGGGCGAACACGCUUGUCCCACGGUAAUGUCACUCAUUUUAGUUUACUGUCGCAAAAGAAAAUUUUUUGGCCGUGCGUGGAAAGAUUGGAACUCGAAACUAAUUUAGUUGCUUGGGGUUUUCAAUUUUGGCGGGAAGUAGCUUUCACUCCAGUUAUAUGCAGUUCAAUGAUAUACCUUCGAUCUCUAUUUACCAUGGAAACGUCAUACUUUCCUCAUUAAACGUUCAUGUAUCUUAUUUGAAAAUAAAGCGUCCCGUACACGCUUUUUUAUGCUUAUCUAGGACCAACGACGCUGUAAAAGUGAGGGUCAGCUGCUAUGAAGUUAAAUAAGCCACUUAAUCUAAUGUUUUUCUUUUUGCUGUAUAAAAUUGUAGCUAAUACAAAGACGAAAAAAUUUGGGUGUGUGUUUCUUAAUUUUUGCUGGAUAAAGUUUUAAGAAAUUUCUCGAGUAAGUCGCUCAUUUUUUCCGUUGUUGGAAAUUUUUCGUGAUAAUUUCAAAGCACGAUCCUUGCAAAGACAGUCAUUGGUUCUCUCACGUGUGAAUGUUGUUUAAAUAUUUGCUUAGCAACCUUAAAUAAUCGUAAAGUUUGCUGAAGUCAUAGUCCGCACUCUAAAUAUAGAGGUUUCACAGCAGUAAGUUUUUCAUCCCUCUUCAAGGAAUGCUCUAACAUUCUAACAGCUGCCUUUUCUUUUGAGUAUAUGUCAGUAGACGAUGUAAAUUUUUUUAUAUUUCUUCAUGUUCAUAUCGUAUUGUUAUAUAGCUCGGAAUGUUUGUAUCUUUGCUACAUUAUUAAAUAAAUGCAUAUUAUACGUGAAA